AUGGAUAAUCAGAUACAGUCGGAAGACAAGGUUGAGGAGAGAAUGGUUUGCAAAAGAAAGAGGCCUCGAGUUAGGGAUGGAUGUCCAGCCCGUAUUCGUUUUGGAUGGGAUGCUGCUAGGGAGGGAUUUGUGGUGUAUGAAUUCGUAGAAGCCCACAGUCAUGUUUUGCACUCUACCGAGCAUAUGCACUUGCACAAGUCGAACAAGCUCAUGAGUGAUGCUCAGAAAAAGAUGGCUCAAGCUAAUCGCGAUGCCGGGAUGAGUCUUAGUGCAUCGUAUCAGUUAUUGGCUGAUUGUGCUGGUGGGUAUCAAAAUCUGAGAUUUACCAAAUCCGAUCAGAAGAAUCACUUGAACACUAAAAGGCAAAGGACAAUGGCUCGUGGUGAAGCGACUUAUUUGCUGGACUACUUUGAGGACCAAAAGGACAAGCAUCCUGGAUUCUUUUAUGCUGUAGAGGUGGAUUCCGAAGAGAAAGUUGCUAAUAUAUUUUGGGCGGAUAGUAGGAUGCGUGAAGAUUAUGCGCUUUUUGGAGAUUCGGUCUCCUUUGAUACCACCUUCCGAGCCAAUAAAUACUUCCGUCCACUGGGGAUGUUUGUAGGUUUCAAUCACCACCGCCAAACUUGUGUGUUUGGUGCUUGUUUGAUGUAUGACGAGACUACUCCGUCGUUUGAAUGGUUGUUUGUUGCAUUUAGUCGAUGCAUGAAGAAUAAGCUUCCAAUCACUAUAUUUACUGAUCAGGAUGCAGCCAUGGCAGCUGCCCUUAGAAAUGAGUGGCCUACUGCGUUUCAUGCCCUCUGUACUUGGCACAUCCUCAUGAAUGCCAAGAAGCAUCUUCGCAAGGACAAGGCAUUUUGGAAGAAGUUCCAACAUCAUAUUUCAUUUAUUUUCUAUGACGUCGACAGCGAGGAAGAGUUCAACAUGGCAUGGAGCACCAUGGUUUCUGAUUGUUUCCCAAAUAGCGACAUUGCGGAUGGCCAUCAAUGGUUGGAACGUUUGAAGAAAUUUCGUCAUCGAUGGUGUUCUUUAUGGUUGAGAGAUCAAUUCACAGCCGGGAUGUUGACUACGCAAGCUAGUGAGUCGUGCAAUGCACAAGUGCGACUUUUCUUGAAGCCGAGACAUGAUUUGGACUUGUUUUUCAUUCACUUUAGCAGUUUGUUGGCUGACAAAAGACGCAAGGAGACAGAGUCAGACUACAAUGCAAAACAAUCGAUUCCUUAUAUAAUGUUGGAGAAUAGCCCGAUCCUCCAACAUGCGGCAAAAAUCUUUACUCCUAAAAUUUUUGAAAAGAUACAGAAGCAGUAUUUGGUGGCUGAAUCCUAUAUAAUAAAGAAGCUCUCAGAUAAUAGGGAUGAUGGCAUGAUUGGCUACCUCAUAUAUAUGAUGGAGGAUGGUGAGCGUAGUGAUGAGCGUGUCGUCCUCGUAGAUAUUUCUACGACGACCUUGGUAUGCGAAUGCAGAAUGUUCAGAACUUUAGGAGUGUUAUGCCGCCACAUGAUUAAGGUGAUGCGGAUUCUUGGAGAUUUUGGGGAAGCAAGUAUGAGAAGUAUUCCUGAUCAUUACAUACUCAAGCGAUGGACGUUGGAGGCGAGAGAGAGAGAAGUUGUUGAUGUCGAUGGUUCUGUUGGUCCUUCAGCUCCCAGUGAGAAUGAUGCGGGAAAAGGUAUAGCAAUGCGGUACCGGGAAACCACUGCAAUGUUGAAUCAGCUAGCAAUGAAUAUGUCGAUGGCCGAUGAGAAGGACUACAAUAAGUGGAUGGGAGUACUCAAGAAAGUGUGCAAUGAGGCAAACAACGCAUUGUCAAAGACUAUAACUAGCGAGGACAGACGAUCUGUACCGAUAACUGGGCUGACUUUGAAGGAGAAGAGUAAUCCAAGGAGGCACGGUAAGGAACGUUACAAGUCUACGAAUGAAAAGGAACGUCGUCGAAAGAAACGUGAAUAUAGGAAGAGAAUGAAAUCCAUUGAAGUGGUCACGGCGGACGACACUGCUCACUCGGAUGGUCAUCUUAGUGAUUUGGAUGAUAAUAUUGCUCAAUGGUUAUGA